AUGGCAAAGUUUAAAUUAGCGAAUUGGGGUGCAAUGAUUGCGAUAUGUGCAUGUUAUAUAUUGAUUGCAGGUGGUAUUAUGGCAUGUAUUUAUCCAAGACAGUUUGUUGGUAUUUAUUCUAUUGUUGUAGGUGUAGUUUUAUUACCAUUGUUAUGGCCCGUUCCAUGGUUAGGAAAGUUAAAAGCAAUCUUUCAACAAUAUUAUGUUGCUGCGUUUCUUUGUCUUGGUACUAAUAUUACCGAUUAUAAUCCAAUUAGAUUGAGUGUUUUGACAUUCUUUGAAGUACCAACUAUUAUCGGUGGAAUAAGUUUAGGUCUUGCUGGUAUUAUAAACUCAGCAAUGACAACAACCGCAGCAGCUCCCUUAAAGAUUACAGAUUUAUCAUUUAUCAAUGGUGAAUGGUCCGGAAAUGGAAAGGGUAUCUAUCCAACUAUUAAAUCAUUCGAAUACACAGAGGUUUUAAAGUUUACUUUCAAUGGUAAACAAAUUGAAUACAAUCAAACAUCGAAUAAUGUUGCAAAUGGUGGAUUAAUGCAUUUCGAAAGCGGAUUUAUUAGAGUGCUACCAACAGGUAAAAUAGAGUUGAAUGUUGUUCAAUCAUCGGGUGUUGCCGAUCAUUACGAAGGUACAUUGGACAAUAGCGGUGAUAAACAGACAUUGUUCUUCAAGAUGACUGGUAUCUCUAGAACACCAACUGCCAAAUCACCGCAUGUAACCAACGCAACUCGUCGUUUCACAAUCACCAACGGCAACGAAAUGAAUGUCUAUUUCGAAAUGGCCACAACCACUCAUCCAGAUUUAGUAGAACAUUUAAAUAGUAAUCUUAAAAAGAAAUAA